GAGAGUGAAGCAUAGAAGUUUCAUGUGUUAACUGAAAAAAAUAUUCGAAAAGCCUGCAGAAGGAUAGAUCCCUCAAAAAUACAAAAUGUGUCGAUUAACUAAUAAUGCACAAUUAUAGUCAUAGGACAGAAUGAUUCAGUGGUUGCAUUUGUAUUGGUGUGGUCUUAAAGUUCUCACAUGAUGAGCUCUCUUCCCCCUGUGAAAGGAGACAGGAUCAUCUGUGAACUCCCUUUGUACUUCACAAGGGACGCUGCAGUGCACACCAAAGAUGGCUUCAACAUUACUGUUAGAGAUGCAUGUCAGGAACAGAAGACAGGAUUGAAUGUAGCCAAAGUAAUUGUUGUUGGUGAUGUGGCAGUUGGAAAAACUUGUUUAAUUAAUAGAUUCUGUAAAGACACAUUUAACAAGACUUACAAAGCGACUAUUGGAGUGGAUUUUGAGAUGGAGAGAUUUGAGGUCCUCGGAGUGCCCUUCAGUUUGCAAUUGUGGGACACAGCAGGUCAGGAAAGAUUUAGAUGCAUUGCAUCCACAUACUACAGAGGAGCUCAAGCCAUCAUUGUUGUAUUUGACCUGAGCAAUUAUAACUCUUUGGAUAAUGCAAGAGAGUGGCUUGAGGAUGCCAUGAAAGAUAAUGACCCUUCUAGCGUUCUCCUCUUCCUCGUUGGAACAAAGAAGGAUCUUAGUCACCCAGAUCAGUUGGCACAAAUGGAGCAAGAGGCCAUUAGGCUAUCAGAAGAGAUCAGAGCAGAGUAUUGGGCUGUGUCUGCCCUGUCAGGGGAGAGUGUGAGAGACUUCUUUCUUCGGGUUGCAUCCCUUACAUUUGAGGCCACCAUAUUAUCUGAGCUGGAGAAGAACAAUUCUAGACAAGUUAGGGAUAUUGUCAAAAUCUCAAAUAACUGUGAUGUCAAUUUCAAAACCUUUAAGAAGAGUCAUACCAGUUGUUGUCAUUGACUGAAAGUAUACUGUAUCAUCAGUGUUUCAAUGGAUCAGAUCAAAGAGGAAUAGAAAAUGAUGACCCUUGACACUGACAUUGGGAUGAUGACUUCAUCAGGAUCUGUAGCAGUGGCCAAUUACAGUGGCAAGAAAUUGGCCCUUUGGAAUUAGCUGGUUUUCUGCAUUAAUUGGUCAUAAACUGUGAUAUAAUCUUCCUCAAAGACACAAGUAUAGACAAACACAAUGUGCUUAAGCUAACAACACACAAAUUAUAAUUUUUCAUGCCCUUAUGAACACAUUCAAUUAAACAUUCACAGUGCUGGAUUUAAUAAAUGGUCAAUCCUGCUUUGGAAGCAAUAACCUCCACCAAGCUUUUCCGGCAGCUGCGGAUUAGACCUGCACAAUGUUCGGAAGGAAUUUUGGACCAUUCUUCUUUACAGAACUGCUUCAGCUCAGCCAUAUUCUUAGGAUGCCUGGUGUGAACACUCUUUUGAGGUCAUUCCACAACAUCUCUAUUGGGAUAAGGUCUGGGCUCUGACUGGGCCACACUACAAAAGGUGGAUUUUCUUUUUUUGAAGCCAUUCUGUAGUGUAUUUAUGUCGAUGUUUAGUGUCAUUGUCCUGCUGCAUCACCCAACUUGUACAGAGCUUCAGCUGGCACACAGCCAGACUGGCAUUAUGCUGAAGGAUACCUUGAUAAACUUGGGAAUUCAUUUUUCCCUCGAUGAUGGCAAGAGGUCCUGAAGCAGCAAAGCAGUCCCAAAGCAUGAUGCUUCCUCCACCAUACUUCACCGUUGGGAUGAUGUUUUCAUGUUGGCAUGCAGUGUCCUUUUUACACCAUACGUAGUGCUGCACGUUCUUCUCAAACAAUUCAGCCAUGGGGGUGGGAGGUCUUUUUUUUAACCUAAUUGAUCAUUCUGCAGUGUGCCCUUUGAGUCAUUUUGGCUGUGCGGCCACUUCUAGGAAGAGUAGUCACAGUACUAAAUCGUCUCCAUUUACAGACAAUUUGUCUAACUGUGGACAGAUGAAUAUCUAAGAUGUUCUAGAUAACUUUGUAACCCUUUCCAGCUUUAUGCAAGGCAACAAAUCUUGAUCAUAGGUCUUUUGAUACCUUUUUAUUUAUUUAUUUUUUUUUGCGACGCAUGGUCCAAAUCAGCAGAUGCUUCUUGAGAAUAGCAAUCUCAAAAUGUUUGAGGGCUUUUUAUAAGUCAAAGUAGCUCUAACCCACACCUCCAAUCUCUUGUCAUUAAUUGCAUGCCAGGUUUGUCAACUCCUGACACUUAUUAGCUUUUGCUGAUGUCAUUAGCCAAGGGAUUCAUAUACUUUUUCCAACCUACACUGAAUAUUUGAAUGAUGUAUUCAAUAUGUAAAAGAACAAUACAAUAAUUUGUGUUAUUAGUUAAAACAGAUUGUGUAUGUUCAAUAUUUUAACUUAGAUGAAGAUCAAACCAGAUUUUUAGCCAAAUUUACUCAUAAAUGCAGGUUAAUCACAUAUUCUUGCCACUAUAUAUUAAGAUAAGAAAUGGGGGAAUUUCAACAAGCGAAAUUCUGAUUGUACUUAGAGGUGUAACUAAUGAAACGUGGUUAUUUUUUGUCCGAAGCAGUGACAUGUUGACAUACUGUUGCCAAUCUAUUAUAGUUGUCAAAUUUAUCGUAUGAUUUGUAAAUCUGCCUACAAGUACUUGAAGUCUUUUACGAAUUACAUGUCUGGUCUUAUCCAUAUUACAUAGAGCUGCACAAAUCCUUGCAAUUUAAUGGUAAUGAGUGCGCUUCUGAUGCUUUUGAUACAGAUUUCAUUUUUGUGCUUGCAAAACAGCAGUUUAUGAGCAGAGGUCACAUUAUAAUUUCCUUAAAUGCCCUCCUGGUGGUUUGCAGUGGGACUUUUGUAAAUGGAGCCCUUGUUUUUGAUUGCAUCAUGAGAUUCUCUGACUAAUAUGAUACAUAUGCCAGCAAACCCAUGACCACAGGCUCCACUGCUGUCUGCGAGAACAUGAGAUUCCCACUGUGAGAUAAAUGGAAGGAUUGUUUGCCGAAAAUGGAAGACAGAUAUCAUUCAUGAACAACUGAACUAUUGCAAACAUUUUUUUCUAAAUGUGUCCAGCUCAUCUCAAGUCUUGCUUCAUAAGUAAAUACAAUCUAAAAUGUUAUUAAAUGAUUGAUCUAGA